AGAACAGUUUUUUAUGUCUUUAUCGUUCAUCUUCUAACCAUGCACGCUCCAUAAGCCUCGACUUCAACUUUUGGCAAUGCCGAUAAGUAUUUACCGCGAUGAUGUGAUUUCCACAUGUCUCGAUUGAGUCGGGCAUAUGAGGUUAAGAUCGACUUCCGCUACGAGUACCGAUACCAAUACUCAGUCAUGCGCAUACGCAGAUGUAACAAUCGUCCAAAAUGUGAUAACACUGUAAGUUGCGAGUGCCGUUUUUGGGCUGAAAAUGGAAGUGGAUAGACUUAGGGAUUGUGAUUAAAGUUUUUGAAGUGAAUACAGCCGCUAGUAAACAAGUAUUGUACGCAGUAUCUAAAGUAGUCAGUACUCGCGCCUUUAAAGGUUUGAUAUACAAUGUUUUUACAACCUUGAUAUUCGUUUAAUGCUUAAUAUUUAGUUCAAAUGCAAACACAGGCACAGCCCCGGGCACAGUAGAUAUUGAAGUAACUCAGUAGAUGGUAUGUUUUCUUACAGAAUUAUGAAAAAAUCUAUUUAUUCCUUUUAACAAAAUUGUAUGUAUAUGAUAUAUACGAUAUACAAUAUAUAUUUAAGUCAUUAAAACAACUAAAUAAAAAGGCUUUGAAAUGUCAUUGUGACGCAGGAUUUGCCAUAGAAAGUUUCAUAUAGGAAGUUUAUUUGUUGAAUUGUUAUUAUGUUGGUUGAAUAAUCCUUUGAACAUUUCUAUGCUUAUAUGAUAGUAACUGAUGAUGGUUUUUCUAGCAUCUGGAACAACACCAAUCAAAAAACCUUUUCGAUGGAAACGUGAUCACAGCAUUCUGCUUUUGAAAGAAGUCUUCGCUCAUGAACCUUACCGUUGCAAGAAAGGAUUAAAAGAAAGGGGUGAUGUGUCGAGCAAAAUUGCCAAUACCUUAAAUCAAAUGCCUCAUUCUGGGUUUUUUAAUGUGAGACAGCGAAGUGUGCGCACACAGCAUGAAAAAUUAAUGGAUGAGUUUGUGAAGAAGGAUAAACAGGAAUUGGCUGCUUCAGGAAUUGAUGCUGAGUAUGAUGAGCUUGAUCAACUUUUGUAUGAUACCUUUGAAAAAUCUACUGAUGCAACUGCAGAGCUGGCAACACAAGCUAACGAAAAGCAAAAGAUAGAAAAUGAAGAAAAACUUAUAAUCACAGAUAUAAGGACACAGGCAAUGGAAAGAAUGAAAGAACAUCCCAAACAGAUGAAGAGAGAGAGCACGGUACUCAAAGAGAUCAUAGAAGAAGGAAGGAAAGCUGAAAAUGAAUUGGAAGUAAAGCGAAUAGCUUUGGAGGACAAGCGUAUUGAAGUAGAAAACGAAAGACACAAAAUGUUUAAUCAUGUUGUGGACCAGCAGCAACAGCAGGAAUCUAUGCUUCUUGUACAACAGAGAGAAAAGCGAGUGAAUCGCAAAAAUAAUUCAUGCGGAUUCAGGUUGAGAAUCAAAAACAAGGUUUUUAUGAACAACAGCAGAAAAUGCCAACACAGAUGCAAGUCCAAAACUCACAGAUACAGCUACAUUUUUUAUGAGUUUUGAGAGAUUCAAAAUGGUAGUG